UAUAAAAAAGACAACAUUCUAUCAUAUAUGGAUCAAAUAAUUGGUAGUAAUUUUGAAGAAAUUCUGACGAAAGUGGGAACUUUCGUGCUCGUUCAAGCAUUAGUUUACGUAAUUCUAACUACUUCAUCCGACAUCUUCUCCAAUACGACGUCUAAGGAUGAGAUGAUGAUGGGUCACCUCUACUUCAAACCGUCGCGUUCUUCCAGCAUCCGCCGCUUUCUUGCUCUCAUCUCCGACGUUCCUCAGUCCGGCGACGCCUCUCCGGUUGGCGGUGGCCCAUCAUCAUCAUGACUAGAAGUACUAAUUGCCCUCUCCCUAGUUCCACACAUGAAGAUCGAUGAAGAUUUCAUUACAAGAUUAGAUUAUGCUGCAUAUUAAUUUGAUUACUUUAUUAUUUUAAUAGUUAUUUCCUUGAUUAAUUAUCUAUUUUGAUCAAUUAAAGGUUAAUUAAUGUUAGCUUC